AUGCGGCAAAAACGAGCAACUGCUUCUGCCACAAAGGAAUCUAAGAAGUUGCACCCCAGAGAGUUCUACUACAUCCAAAUGGAAAAGUAUGCAAGGCAGGCGAUCAGCGAAGGUCUGAAGACGGCUGAGGACCUCCAUGUGGCAGGAGACUCCGAACUAUACAGGGUGCUCAACCUGCACUACAACAGGAACAAUCACAUUGAGGUGCCGCCAAACUUCAGAUACGUAGUAGAGCAGACCCUGAGGGAGUUCUUCCGCGCCAUCCAGGGAGGCAAGGACGCCGAACAAAGCUGGAAGAAGUCCAUCUACAAGGUCAUCUCACGGCUCGAUGAUCCCGUACCAGAAUAUUUUAAAUCGCCCAACUUCCUCGAACAACUCGAGUGAGCGCUCACCCACGCACAGUGUUCGGAACACGAAAAAGUUUGGACAUAAUUUUUUGACGUUACGAUAAUCGUUUCGCACACCAAAAUUUUACGACACUCGCAUUUAGGCCUUCAGAUUCAAAAUUAUUGAUAAAAAAGUUAAAAUUUAAAUUAUUGAAUUUGUACGUUGGAAGUCGAGUGGCAUAACGCCACUAGCGCUCUACUAGGAAAUUCGUUAGGUUACGAGUAAGAGAAAAUUUAAGUCACCUAGAAUUUUAUUUCUGCACAUAAUAUAUUUCGCUAUAUAUAAUUAUUAUAUUAUUAUUAAGUAUUAUCUUAAAAUGGUUUUUAUAGUUGUGUAUAUCUUAAAAUCAUUUAUUGAUUUAUUAUUUAAGAAGAAAAACGAUUAAUAUAUUAACUGCUUAAGUUUUGAA